UUUUGGCCCCCGUGACGUCGCUGUGAUGUAGACGUAAAAAAAGGGGGACAGCACCAGCAGCCGCUCCAGGCCACGCCCCCGACCGUGGCGUUCAAACGUCGCCCUCAGAAAUUGCCACGACUGCACACACAACAGCACGAUGUGGAGAACACCGACCCGCUCUGUCCUCGUCCUCGUCUCCUCAUGGUUCUGUCUGUGGUCACUUUGUACCGCAGCGGAUGAUGUGGACGGAGAAGUGAAGAUCGAGGUUCUGUUUAAGCCCUUAGACUGCACUCAGACCAGUAAGAAAGGAGAUCUGGUCAACGUGCACUAUGAUGGCUACCUCGCCAAAGAUGGGUCCCAGUUCUACUGCAGUCGUUCAGACAAAGCAGGGCAUCCUCAGUGGGUUGUUUUAGGCGUUGGACAAGUCAUCAAAGGCCUUGAUAUUGGGAUGAUUGGUAUGUGUCCCGGAGAGAAACGGAAAAUAACAAUUCCACCCAUGCUGGCAUUUGGAGAAAAGGGAAAAGACCCAGUGCCACCCAGUGCUACGGUGCUGUUUGAGGUGGAGCUCUUCACAGUGUCCAGAGGGCCGCGCAGCAUGGAAGCUUUCAAAGAGAUGGACCUUGACGCUGACAAAAUUCUCACCAAGGCCGAGAUAAAAGAACAUUUGAAAAUGUCAUAUGAAAAAGGAGGGAAGCCACGCGACGACCCACACUACGAGAAGAUCAUCGCUGACAUUUUCUACAAGAGCGACACGGACAACGACGGACUGAUCAGUGCGAAGGAGUUUAAUAUUUAUGGACACGACGAGCUCUAGUGUCAAUAUCUGAUGAGUAGUCGUUAUAAACUUUUGGUCAGUUUGAUAUGCAAUUAAACAUGAAUGUCUCAAAUGUUUUUACACUGUUAGAUGUCUCUUUGUGUUUGAUGUUAUAUCUCACUUCUGCAUGCCUUAUGCCAUUAUCUUCAGCCUCGGGAUUGAUGACGUUCUCAAAUGUCUUGUUUUUGUUCACAAACCAAAAUGAUUCACUUUGAUGAUUUCUAUGUUAUAUGGAGCAAAGGAACUGGAAAAUAUUCACAUUUAAGAAGCUAAAAAAAUCUUCAUCUACCACUUUAUCUUCCACAUGAGGGUCAAGGGGCAGCUGGUGCCAAUCCCACCUGACAUAGGACAAAAGGCGGACAGGUCACCAGUCCAUUCACGGAGUCAUCACAUAGAGACAAACAACCAUUCACUCUUACACUCGGUCAAUUUUGAGUGUCCAGUUAACCUCCGCAUGUUUUUGGACAAGAAACCAGAGAAAACCCAUGUACCGGAACCUUCCUGUCAAAUCUAAAUCUUAAUUCUUUAUUUUGGUACUUUUUUCAAAAAAACUAGAGCAACUUUACAAACUCUCAAAACCACUUUCCAUCACUUACACUAGCACAACUUUACAAACCAGCUGGUAUUAAACUAUGCAAAUAAGAACCCGUCAUUUAUUUUAACACUCAAUCUUAGUAUCCAACAUGUUUCCUUUUCCUCAAACUGUUGGGGAUUUUUUUUUGUCAUUCUAUUGUGUUGUGGUUUGGCAGCACAGGGGCCAAACCACAACCUCGCACAAUGUUGUCGCGUCAGUGGGUUUGAAACUGUAACAUGAUGACUGUCAUGUGAUAAUCUGAGAAGAUGGUUUACGUUGACAACAUGAACAGUUUUCUGCCCUCUGACCUGCAGUGUUGCACCAGAAUGUUAAAUAUCAAUAAACAUACAUUAAAUUGAAA